CGCCUCGGGGUAGCCGCGGGACCCGGCUCGCGCACACGGGAAGUUGCGGCUGCGAGCGAGGCCGCACGCCACCCGGAGGCUGCGUGGGCCGCUCGGAGGAGCGGGCGCCGCGGCGUCACUAGGGCUGUGGGCUGCGGCAGGACGGGCAGCGCGGAGCGGAUCGAGGAUUUGUGUGAGGAAGGCAGGCAUGGUGAGACCUAUUUCACAGACAGGAACACAGAGAAGGGACGGGUCUCUCUCUGAGUCGUUCGGCCAGUAAAAAAAGCAGUCAAGCUGGAGCCCAAGGCCAGGUGUCCCGACUCACAGCGGGGGGCUCCCUGCACCCACCAUCAUGAGCCGCCUGCUCUGGAAGAAGGUGGCCAGCAGCAAGAUCGGCCCGGGGCCGGUUCCAGCAACGGGACGGAGGGUGUCCAGCUCCGUCCUCGCCGCCUCCGCCCCCGUCCCCGGCGACGGGCAGCGGCCGUCGCAAGUGCCCUCUUCGGAGGAGGACGGGCAGCUGCGGUUCAACCCUCUGCACAUCCAGAUGCUGUCGAGAGGGCUGCACCGGCAAAUCUUCGGGUGCGGAGGGGAGCCGCCCGACGAGGCCGCGGUGCGGCGCAGCAUCCAGCACCUGCAGAAGCACGGGCUCUGGGGGCAGCCGGCCACGCCCAUGCCAGACGUGCAGCUGAGCCUGCCCCGGCUCUUGGGGGGCAACCUGGACCAGCACUUCCGCCUCCUGGCCCAGAAGCAGAGCCUGCCUUACUUGGAGGCGGCCGCCUCGUUAUUGGAGGCCCAAUUGCCGCCCCAGCCCGCGAGGUGGGCCUGGGCGGAGGGCUGGACCCGGUACGGCCCCGAGGGGCAGGCCGAACCCGUGGCCAUCCCCGAGGAGCGGGCCCUGGUGUUCGACGUGGAGGUCUGCCUGUCAGAGGGAACGUGCCCCACUUUGGCGCUGGCCAUAUCCCCCUCGGCCUGGUAUUCCUGGUGCAGCCGGCGGCUGGUGGAAGAGCGGUACUCCUGGACCAGCCGGCUAUCGCCGGCUGACCUGAUCCCCCUGGAUGUCUCUGCUGGUGCCGGCAGCUCCACCCAGCGGGACUGGCAGGAACAGUUGGUGGUGGGGCACAAUGUUUCCUUUGACCGAGCCCACAUCAGGGAGCAGUACCUGAUUCAGGGCUCCCGCAUGCGCUUUCUGGACACUAUGAGCAUGCACAUGGCCAUCUCAGGGCUGAGCAGCUUCCAGCGCAGUCUGUGGAUGGCAGCCAAGCAGGGCAAGCGGAAGACUGGGCACCCCACACAUCGAGGUCAGAAGUCCCAGCGGAAAGCCAGUGGUCUAGAGGUUUCAUCUUGGGACUGGAUGAGCAUCAGCAGUGCUAAUAAUCUUGCAGACGUGCACAGCCUUUAUGUGGGGGGGCCUCCCUUAGACAAGGAGCCUCGGGAACUGUUCGUCAAGGGCAGCAUGAGAGAUAUCCGGGAGAACUUCCAGGAUCUGAUGCAGUACUGUGCCCGUGAUGUGUGGGCCACCUAUGAGGUUUUCCAGCAGCAGCUGCCACUCUUCUUGGAGAGGUGCCCCCACCCAGUGACUCUGGCUGGCAUGCUCGAGAUGGGUGUCUCCUACCUGCCUGUCAACCAGAACUGGGAGCGCUACCUGGAAGAGGCACAGAGCACAUAUGAGGAGCUCCAGCGGGAGAUGAAGAAGUCGCUGAUGGAUCUGGCUAAUGAUGCUUGCCAGUUGCUCUCAGGAGAGAGGUACAAAGAAGACCCUUGGCUCUGGAACCUGGAGUGGGAUUUGCAGGAAUUUAAGCAGAAAAAGGCAAGGAAGGUGAAGAAGCCAGCCUCAGCCAACAAGUUGCCCAUCGAGGGAGCUGGGCCCUUUGGGGAACCCACGGAGCAGGAAGAUCCCGGACCACCCAGCGAGGAGGAGGAGCUUCAGCAAGAUGUAGUAGUCCGCACCCGUUUACAGCAGCUGAAGAGCACCAUAGACCUCCUGCCUAAGCGACCCCAGCACCUUCCUGGACACCCUGGGUGGUACCGGAAGCUCUGUCCUCGGCUAGAUGACCCUGCAUGGACUCCAGGCCCCAGCCUCCUCAGCCUGCAAAUGCGGAUCACUCCUAAGCUCAUGGCACUGACCUGGGAUGGUUUUCCCCUACACUACUCAGACGCUCAUGGUUGGGGCUACCUGGUGCCCGGGCGGCGGGAUAAUGUGGCUGAGCUGCCAGUGAGCCCCACCGCUGAGUCAGCUGGGCUAGCCUGCCCCUACAGGGCCAUCGAAUCCUUGUACAAGCAGCACUGUCUGGAACAGGGGAAGCAGCAGCUGAAGACCCAGGAGACGGCGCUGGCUGAGGAGUUCUUAGUCACCGACAAUAGUGCCAUGUGGCAGACGGCAGAAGAGCUGGGCUGCUUAGAUGUGGAGGCUGAGGCCAAGAUGGAGAAUUCAUUGCUGGGUCAACCCUUAACUCCGCCUGCUGCUUGUGACCCCAAAACCAGCCAGCCCACUUACCACCAUGGCAACGGACCUUAUAAUGAUGUGGAUAUCCCUGGUUGCUGGUUUUUCAAGCUGCCUCACAAGGAUGGUAACAACUACAAUGUGGGCAGUCCCUUUGCCAAAGACUUCCUGCCCAAGAUGGAGGAUGGCACCCUGCAGGCUGGCCCAGGAGGUGCCAGUGGACCCCGUGCCCUGGAAAUAAAUAAAAUGAUCUCUUUCUGGAGGAAUGCUCAUAAACGUAUCAGCUCCCAGAUGGUGGUAUGGCUCCCCAGGUCAGCCCUGCCGCGUGCCGUGACCAGGCACCCUAACUUCGAUGAAGAAGGCCGCUAUGGUGCCAUCCUGCCCCAGGUGGUGACUGCUGGUACCAUCACUCGCCGAGCUGUGGAGCCCACGUGGCUUACUGCCAGCAAUGCCCGGCCUGAUCGAGUAGGCAGUGAAUUGAAAGCCAUGGUUCAGGCUCCACCUGGCUAUGUCCUCGUGGGUGCUGAUGUGGACUCACAGGAACUGUGGAUUGCAGCUGUACUUGGAGAUGCUCACUUUGCUGGGAUGCAUGGCUGCACGGCCUUUGGCUGGAUGACUCUGCAGGGCAGGAAGAGCAGGGGCACCGAUCUACACAGUAAGACAGCCACCACUGUGGGCAUCAGCCGAGAGCAUGCCAAAGUCUUCAACUACGGCCGGAUCUACGGGGCGGGGCAGUCCUUUGCCGAGCGCCUGCUGAUGCAGUUCAACCACAGGCUCACAAGACAGGAGGCAGCUGAGAAGGCCCAGCAGAUGUACGCUGUCACAAAGGGCCUCCGCCGGUAUCAGCUCUCAGAUGAGGGUGAAUGGCUGGUGAGACAGUUGGACCUCCCUGUGGACAGGACAGAGGAUGGCCGCGUUUCCCUCCAGGAUCUUCGGAAGAUCCGAAGAGAAGCUUCAAGGAAGUCACGCUGGAAGAAGUGGGAGGUGGCUGCUGAGCGGUCAUGGACAGGGGGCACAGAGUCGGAAAUGUUUAACAAGCUGGAGAGCAUUGCCUUGUCUGACACACCACGGACCCCAGUGCUAGGCUGCUGCAUCAGCAGAGCCCUGGAACCCUCGGUUGUCCAGGGAGAGUUUAUGACCAGUCGUGUGAACUGGGUGGUACAGAGCUCUGCUGUGGACUACUUACACCUCAUGCUUGUGGCCAUGAAGUGGCUGUUUGAGGAAUUUGCCAUCGACGGACGCUUCUGCAUCAGCAUCCACGAUGAGGUUCGCUACCUGGUGCGGGAGGAGGACCGCUACCGCGCUGCCCUGGCGUUACAGAUCACCAACCUCCUGACCAGGUGCAUGUUUGCCUACAAGCUGGGUCUGAAGGACCUGCCUCAGUCAGUGGCCUUCUUCAGUGCAGUAGACAUUGACCAGUGCCUCAGGAAGGAAGUGACCAUGGACUGUAGAACUCCUUCUAACCCAACUGGGAUGGAAAGGAGAUACGGGAUUCCCCAGGGUGAAGCGCUGGACAUUUACCAGAUCAUUGAACUCACCAAAGGCUCCUUGGAGAAACGAAGCCAGCCUGGACCCUAGCUCCAUCUGCAGGCUCUGUAUUUGCUCCUGUGGAGCUUCGUCCGUGUGGUGCAGGCUCCUAAACUCAGGCUUUCAGAUGUGCUUUGGAAAAAGGGCAUGCCUAGGCAGCCAUUUUUCUGUAGCAGGACCUGCCCCGAAGACUCCUUCUAACUGAAGGCACAGUUCGGUGGGUUCAGACCAGGACGCCAACGUCAGUGCAGGCUGUAUGACAAGGGGUACUGUGGGCACAAGUGAAGCAGAUACCCCAAAGGUCACAUUAACUCAGGCAUAUCUUCCUUUUCUUCUUGGCUGGUUCUCUGUCCUGCUCCGUGUGUGCUGGUGCAGUGCCCUGGAGGGGAGAGUGGAGUGCUAAGGUGAUGGGAAUAAAGACAGACACCAAACAAAA